AUGGCAAUACCGGAUAAUAAGGAAAGCAAAAACAACAGUACCUUGGCUUCACCGGUCACUUCUAGAACGGUUAUCGCUGCAGUAGAAGGAGAGAAGAACAAAAAAAGUCCUGACAAGAGCCUGGCUAGUCGUUUUCCAAUUCCUUCCACAACCACCAGGAAGGAUCGUAUUGUGUCUGCUGGAAUCUUGGCUAGUCGUUCUCCUAUCGACCCACACCGGCUCAUUGACUCUGAAUCAACAGAAGAUGAAAAUACAGAUGAAGAUGCCACCCCUUCUAGUUUACUGCAUGAGGCGGUUACACAUUUACAUGAGAAGCAUGAGGCGGUUACACAUUUACAUGAGAAGCAUAAGGCGGUUACACAUUUACAUGAGAAGCAUGAGGCGGUUACGCAUUUACAGGAGAAACAUGAGGCGGUUACACAUUUACAGGAGAAGCAGGAGGCGGUUACACAUUUACAGGAGAAGCAGGAGGCGGUUACACAUUUACAGGAGAAGCAGGAGGCGGUUACACAUUUACAGGAGAAGCAGGAGGCGGUUACACAUUUACAGGAGAAGCAGGAGGCGGUUACGCAUUUACAGGAGAAGCAGGAGGCGAUUACACAUUUACAGGAGAAGCAGGAGGCGGUUACACAUUUACAGGAGAAGCAGGAGGCGGUUACACAUUUACAGGAGAAGCAGGAGGCGGUUACACAUUUACAGGAGAAGCAGAAGGCGGUUACACAUUUACAGGAGAAGCAAGAGCUGGUUACACAUUUACAGGAGAAGCAUGAGGCGGUUACACAUUUACAGGAGAAGCAGGAGGCGGUUACACAUUUACAGGAGAAGCAGGAGGCGGUUACACAUUUACAGGAGAAGCAGAAGGCGGUUACACAUUUACAGGAGAAGCAAGAGCUGGUUACACAUUUACAUGAGAAACAGGAGGCGGUUACACAUUUACAGGAGAAGCAGGAGGCGGUUACACAUUUACAGGAGAAACAGGAGGCGGUUACACGUUUACAUGAGAAGCAGGAGGCGGUUACACAUUUACAGGAGAAGCAGAAGGCGGUUACACGUUUACAGGAGAAGCAGGAGGCGGUUACACGUUUACAGGAGAAGCAGGAGGCGGUUACACGUUUACAGGAGAAGCAGGAGGCGGUUACACAUUUACAGGAGAAGCAGGAGGCGGUUACACGUUUUCAUGAGAAGCAGGAGGUGGUUACACAUUUACAUGAGACGCAAGAGCAAGUCUUAAAUUGGCUACGCAGGGCUGGCUUUUCUCACUGA